GCAGAGGGAAGAAGACAGACGCGCAGAGGAGGAAAUCAGAAAAUAACGGCGCUGCAGAAAUGGACCUGCGCUCUGAGCUGCUCAAGUCCAUAUGGUACGGUUUCACUGCCCUGGAUCUAGAGAAGAGUGGGAAGGUGUCCAAGUCUCAGCUGAAGGUUCUAUCUCACAACCUUUGCACAGUCUUGAGCAUCCCACAUGACCCCGUGGCUUUGGAGGAGCACUUCAGGGAUGACGACGAUGGCCCAGUUUCCAGUCAGGGUUACAUGCCUUAUCUCAACAAAUACAUCCUCGAUAAGGUUGUGGAAGGCUCCUUUAAUAAGGAAAACGUAGACGAGCUUUGUUGGACUCUUACGGCGAAGAAGAACUACCAGCCAGACAGAAGUAGCAACUCAGUUCUGCCAGACCGGGAUGCUUUUCGACUGUGGUGCCUUUUUAACUUUCUCUCCGAAGACAAAUACCCGUUGGUUAUGGUUCCAGAUGAGGUGGAGUACCUCCUAAAGAAGAUAUGCAUGGCGAUGAGCAUCGAGUUCAACUGCGUUGAGCUCGAUGACUUCUUCUCCCAGGACUCGGGGCAUCAGAAUGGCAUCACCGUCUGGGUUUUCCUCCAGAUGAUGAACUCUGGGAAAAUAACCCGAGCCAUCGAUAAGAGCAUCAUCAGCAUGGCGAUAGAGGAGGUGUACAGGGAGAUAGUCGGCGACGUUCUCAAAGAGGGUUAUCUGUGGAAGAAAGGGCAGCUAAGGAGAAACUGGAAGGAACGCUGGUUCACUUUGAGGCCCAGCAACCUGUGCUACUACACCGGAGAGGACCGCAAGGACUGCCAAGGGAAUAUAGUCCUGGACGGGAACUGCUGCGUGGAGGUGCUGCCAGACCGAGAUGGGAAGAGGUGCAUGUUUUGCUUGAAAACCUUGUCCAAAACCUAUGAAAUGAGUGCUUCGGACACCAAACAAAGACAGGAGUGGACGGCAGCCAUUCAAACGGCCAUCAGGCUGCACGUGGAGGGCAAAACGUCUCUGCAUAAAGAUCUGAAGAUGAAGAGGCGAGAGCAGCGUGAGCAGCGGGAGAAACGACGACAGGCCAAAGAGGAGGAACUGCAGAGGCUCCGGGCCUUGCAGGAGGAAAGGGAGCGCAAGCUGGCGGAGCUGGAGCUCCUGAAGGAGGCGCAGAAGCAGGCGCAGGUCCUGAUGGACCAGGACGAGCAGAGGAGGCGCCAGCAGCACGAGCAGCUCCAGCGCACUCUGGAGAUUCAGCUCCGCGAGGCGGAGGAGGCCAGAGUUAGCAUGCAGGCAGAGAUGGCUCUGAAGGAGGAGGAAGCAGAGCGGCAGAGGAAGAGGAUCCUGGAGCUGGAGGAGAUGCAGAAGCGUCUGGAGGAGGCGCUGCAGCAGGAGAUUAAAGCCAGGCUGGAUGAGGAGGGCUUUCGUUACGCUCAGGCGAGGUUACUAGCUGAGGAGGAGGAGAAAAUGAAGGCCCUAAUGGCCCUGCAGGAGGAGCAGGAGGAGUACAUCCUGAAGACACAGAGAGAAAAACAGGAGCUAAAGCAGGAAAUGGAAGUCAAGUCUCUGGCCCUGGAUCAGGCACAGAGGCAGCUGGAGGAGGUCCGAGCCAACAGACACAGGGUUGACCAGGAUGUAGUGGCUGCUCAGAGGAAACUUCGCCAGGCGAGCACCAACGUCAAACACUGGAACGUCCAGAUGAACCGACUGAUGCGGCCGAUCGGACCAGGCGAGAAAAGGCCGUCUCUGGGCAGCUCUUUCCAGUCCUUCCAGAUCCCGACACAGCGGGACCCCGGGUUGCGUCUCAGAAGGAAAUCUGGAUCGGAGGAUCAGAGCGAGGAGAGCAAAGAGAACGUGGACAACAGAACCGGGUGCGACUUGGAGAAGCGGCACUCGCACGCCUCCAACGGAGACAUGGACAUCCCCUAAAAGCAUGAAUCAUAAGAGCCUGCUCUUUUUUUUUUUACCCCGACGGUGUUUUCUAACAGGAAACUCAGUGAGACAAGUUUGAAAGGUUGCAGGACUUCUGCACUUAAAACUGAAUUUUCAUUACUACUGUUUUUAUUGCAAGAUGAAUUUACUGACCUCAAACCCAAAACAGUAACCGUUUGAGACCUUUCACAGAACAUUGCUCAACUAAUACUCCUACCACUUCUUGUGUGAGGCCUGAUGUGAACAGAGAAGAUACCUCGGUGCAAGUAAAAAGGGCCUCUUAGUUAAAAAAAAAAAGAUCCAGGCUGAUGUUUUAGCAGUGAUGAUUACAGACGGGACGUAAAGGAAGUUCAUCCUUGCGUAAAUGACGAAAGUCAUCCCUGUGUCAUUUUUACAUAUGUAAUUUUCUGAUUUGUGGUUUUGGAAUGUGAAUUUUUGAUGUACAGAUCUGUUUCAGUAUUAGUUUAUAGCAUCAUUUCACUCCUGACAAACAGGAAAUCGAGAGAGAGAGCUAGAAAGAGAGGGGAGGGGAGACAACUUCCUGUUUCUAAUGUCACCUAACCUAACAUGAGUGUAAAUAAAAAAAAGUGAAUCAAUGUCUUAACUACUUUAAAAAAAAUCUCUCUUUCAUGAGCCUAUUUAUGUGCUACAUUGAAUUUGACGAUCAUCACACACAUAGAGUGCCUCCAGUAAUGCAUUUAUAAAAGAUUAGAUGCAAUGACAUUUUUUUUUUUCUUGUACAAGUGAAAAAGUAAAAUGCCACGCAGGUUUCAGAUUUGAUGGAUUACGCCCACUUGGUUUUGUGUGAGCUGCAAGCCUGCUUUACUUUGAAUUUGGGCUUACGUCAUUUGUCGGUUUGCAAUGUGUCACCACCGACUACUUUGAUACCCUUUGCUCAUAUAUCCUGAGCAAACGGGGACAUCGCCUGACUAAAUCCUCUAACUACAGAACAUACAUUUAUGUUUUAACCAGAAUUACCUUUAAAUAGGGGUUCAAUUCAAACUUAUUUCAUUUUUUGACUAUGUUUUAAGGAAAUUUGAUCAAUUAUUUGGAUUUGCCGUUACAAAAAUAAAUGCUUCAUAUCAAAUUGGAUGCAUUACAGUUAUCUCUUCAUUUACAUCAGAACUCAUGUUCUUAGUCAUGAUGGAAAAGUUUUGAAUUUCACAAAAAGAAAAUCUAAAUAUUCAUAGCUCUCUUCAUGUUUAUUACAGCAUAACUAAAUCUACAAGAUUAAGGGUAAAAGAGGAUUUUUAAUUAAACUAUUAUAUUAAUUUUUCCAGUACUUGGUUUCUG